AUGGCGGACCGAUUCCCGUCUCUCGAGGACUUUGACUCUGGAGCACAAACAAAUGUUCAAGACCCCUCCGUUGACCCUUCUGCCGAUGACUUCCUUGCCAGAGAGAAGGCAAUCCUCGGCGACGAUGCAGACAAGUUUGCGACCGUAGAGGACGGUGAUGCUUUCGAUGCUGGUGACGACGAUCUGCUUGGUGGCGGGGGCGGUGAGACAGCCCAGUUCGAGCAGCAGUUUCCCGAUCUCUCAGGCUCCAACGAGGCAGUAGCCCCAGGCGGCAACAUCACUUCAACUGGCCCGUCUGUCAGUUACAACUCGGGCUUCGCAGCCUACGCCGAGGAGGAGGAGGAGCCAGAGGUGAUCAAGGAGUGGCGAGAGAAGCGCGACGCCGGCAACGCCAAGCGGGCAGAGCAGUUCGCGCGACAGCGCGAAGAGACGAUCGCCGAGGCACAGCGCAACAUUGAUGACUUCUACGAGAACUACAACAACAAGAAGGAGAAGCAGAUUGCCGCGACCCGCAAGGAUGCCGAGCAGUUCCUGGCUUCCCGCGAGGACACGACCUCUGGCGGCACCAGCUGGGAGCGCGUUGCCAAGAUCGUGGAUGUCAGUGGGAAAGGCGCCAAGGGCGGUGCUUCUGGCUCGGGCAAGGAGCGCUUCCGCGAGCUGCUGACGAGUCUGCGCAAGGACGAGAAGGCCCCAGGUGCCACGGGCUACUAG